AUGAGUUUGGCUUACCAAUACCGUUAUCCUCCCGGACUAAUCAAACCCAAUCAACAUAAAUCCCCAAGAAUCAACCCCAAAAGAUUGCUGCAGAUUUCAAGUGCACAGAAGAGAUGCUUGAGGUGCAACACCCUUUACGACGACAACGACAACUCUGCAACUGCUUGUUCUUUCCAUGGCCACGCCACUGGGGAGAGAGGAUUAUUUGCAUUGGCCCCACCUCACCAAGGAAUUGAUGGAGAGUGGAGUGAUAAAUCUGGUGUGAUUGUGUACAAAUGGAAUGAGAAAGACGAGAGGCCAAACACUGGCAGAUCCAACUGGAAAAGGAGAUGGAGCUGUUGUGCAGAGUAUGACGAGAAUGCUCCCCCUUGUCAACGAGGACGCCACGUGUCCUAUGAUGAUGGUUUCACCUUGUACUGA